AUGUCUGUUGAGGAGCUCAAUGGGUACUUCCAUGCGUCAAAUAAGAAUGUCACCGACUGGCCAAAUGCCCACUUUGCGCGAGUUGUCUCAUUGAAGCAGUGGGUGGAUGCCCUAGAGAAGAGCCAGAUGCAUGCUGCGUAUGUGGAGCAAAAUCCUGCGGUGAAGCUGCUGGACACGUUACAAGCGGCUGGUCGACGUACUCGUUUGCGACGACACGAACAGAAGAGUACAGCUCGAAGAUGCGACAGAUUGAGGCGGUCCUGCCCCAAUUGA